AAUUUCGAAAAAAAUAAGCAGAAAAACGGGAUUUCAUUCAAGCACAAGUGAAGUAAAAAUACAUUUUUAUUAAAAGAAAUCAUUUAAAAAAGUGACGAAAAAUAAUAAUUUAAUCCCAAAAAAAACUAAAAUAAUACAUCCCAGUUAAAUAUUUAUACAAAAUAAUAUGUCUGCGCUAUCAACUAUAGCGGCUUUUGAUGAUAUUCGGCGUUGCAUUCAUGUGCUAACCGAUGGAACCGCCGAAGAAGAGUUUUUAAAAGUCCUUAAAUUGCAAGAAGCAUUCCGUUUGGAAUGUUUGAGUGGCACUCGAGAAGCACAGCGAAUACAAAAAGAAUUGGACGCUUCUCUACAAAAUAUGGCCGAUUUGGAAACGAAAUUGUUUCAUGCAAGGCGUCUCCUUGAAAUGGAAAGCAAAGCUAGACGAGAAGCCGAACACGAUCGUGAUCAAAUGGAGAAAAAAAUAAUAGCUGUGGCUGAGCUUCUUCGCAACGAACGUGACAUUAAUGAGGAAACCAAAGACAAACUUGCAUUCCUCAAUACAUUCCAACAAAAGAAACGCAAAUCAUUGAAUACACAUAUUGAAGAGAAAUUUGGCAAUGACAUUAAUUCAACGGGCUCUUUCCUUUCCGAUCUCUCUCUCACACAAUCCGAAGAUGAUUUUCUAGAUGUCCGUACUUCAAAGAAUUGGCAAAAACAUCGCCCAUCAUUGCCAAAGAAUACAGGACCUUUUGUUGGUGGCAAACGAUCACGUUUAAGCACAGGAACUCCUAAAGCUCCAACUCCACAGAGACGUUCAGGUGUUAAUAAUGCCAAUGCCAAUAAACACACAUUGGAAAUUGGAGCGAAUGAGAAAAUUUGUGCAACAACAAAAGUUUCAAUUCCACAAGAUGGCAGUGGUACUAUUCGUGCCGAGUCAACAAUUGAAGCAAUUCCAAUUACUGUCGAUGAACAACAACACCAUCAUCAUCGACAACAGGAGGAAGUGGUUAUCUCAAGUCCUCAAUCGAAAAUGCCAAGACCAAGUAACAACUGCACUCCAAUGCGUCCGUCUCCACAUAAGGAAAAUCCUGUGACUUUGUCAGUAAAUCCCUUUCCACCUGCUUCGCCAGCAGUGAAACAUCGCAGCAUGAUGCGUCAACACAAUUUCUCUUCGAAAACUUUCAUUCGAACAGACACAUGCACUCAUUGCCAGAAAAAAAUUCGUUUUGGUUCUGUGGCUUUGAAAUGCCGUGAUUGCCAACUUUGCUGCCAUGUUGACUGUCGUGGACUUCUCACUGUGACAUGCGUUCCACAGAGUGGAACUCCCACUCUAAAGGGUCUAAUGGGUUACAUAAGCGACCAUGCUCCACCAAUUUCACCCAUGAUUCCAGCCCUAAUCGUCCAUUGUGUAUUUGAGAUUGAAAAUCGUGGCCUCAAUGAAGUGGGAAUUUACCGUGUUUCGGGUUCUGAGAGGGAAGUAAAAGCACUUAAAGAGAGAUUCCUUCGCGGAAAGGGAAAACCACAUCUAGCAGACAUAGACGUCCAUGUGUUGUGUGGUUGUAUCAAAGACUUCUUGCGUUCUCUUCGAGAACCUCUAAUCCCAACAGGCUUAUGGAAAGAUUUCUGUAAUGCAGUGCAAGAUGUCACUGAAAACGAUAUACAAAGAAAUUUGUACAAUGCAAUCAACCAAAUGCCACAGGCGAAUCGUGACACGCUAGCUUUUCUCAUUCUACAUUUCCAGCGUAUAGCUGAGUGUCCUGAAGUGCGAAUGCCCAUCGAGAAUAUAUCUCGAGUUUUUGGCCCAACAAUUGUUGGCUAUUCGAGCCCUGAUCCAGAUCAACAUGCCAUAUUCACCGAGAUCCACAUGCAAUUCUCGGUUAUGCAAAAUUUAAUGAAGAUACCCUCUGGAUACUGGACACAGUAUGUUGAUUUUGAUAAGGAGAACACUCGCACUAAUAAUGGUUCAUCAGAACCACAAACUCCAGUUAAUAAUAAGGAAACCUUUUACUCUCUUUAUGCUACACCACUCAAGAGUACAUUGAAGAAAAGGAAGUUCUAUGCUACUCCACCUUAUUCGCAUAAGAAAAAAUAACAAUUCAUCAAUAACAUCCGAAAGAUACUGAAAUACCUGUUUUAAUUGAAUGAAAUUUAUUAUUAUAUAUUACGUUUUUCUUGGUUCUGUAGUUGAAUUUUGUAUUUUUAUUUAAUUUACACACACAAAUGCACAUUUUUUUUUCUAUUUUCUAUUUUUUGAAAUACUGGGAGAGUUAAGUUAAUAAAUUUUUUUGGGUCAACAA